GGAAAUGACUGGCUGAGUCGCGAUUUCCGUGGUAGCCUAAAGUGAAGAGCUCGGUGGAAAUGAUUAUCCUCCUUGAGUAUAAUGACAAGCAGAGCUGGACGCUUAUUCAGGACUUGCAGACAGAUGUUGAAGACAGUUCAUUAGAGGAAACCUUUACACUCAUCCACUGAUGUUCAACUUCACGGUCAAAACAAACGCACGCCGGACUGCGUCAACUCGACAAGGAUGGUCUGCAAUCUCUUUCUUGGAUCUCCAAGGAUAUGAACUGAGGGCUGGACUGACUUUUUGUGCUGUACUUUUUGUGCAACACGACUUGUAGCUCAUACUCAAACUCUCAUACACACAUGCACUGUGUUACAAGGGCGGAAGACAACGAGCCUACUAGUGAUGGCGUAGUCAGAAGAAACAGCAUGUCCUUCCAGUACAGAUGGCAAGUUUCAUUGGGGAUCUUGGUUGUGAUUACAGGCAUAGUGCUCUUCAUUACCAUGCAGUAUUACAGUAUUCUCAUUGGCGUGGCCAUAGUGUGUCUCGGCCUCUUGAUCCUCAUCCAUGCCUUCUGCAUGGUCAUCAAAUCCAGUCAUUUAGCUGUGCCGGGUCACUUCCUUCUACACCCGCGAACGGGCACCCGUUACACCCACCAUCAAGCCAUUGCGGUGCAGAGGAGGCUGGAUCGGAUCCGGAGGGGUACGGCAGAGAAUCACAUUACAGUCCAAGUGCCUCCCACCUCAGACGCCAGUCCACAGAGCCAACCUGCAACACCCCCUCCAUGGCAAAUGGAGCCGCCGCCAUCCUAUGAGACUGUUAUGAAGACCACUACAGCUCUGAACCAACUAUAACUACAGAAAUCAAAA